AUGAGCCAGGGGAAGAAGUUUCUGGGAGACCUGCAGCCAGACGGGAGGAUCGUGUGGCAGGAGACGGGGCAGGUGUUCAACUCCCCCAGCGCCUGGGCCACCCACUGCAAGAGGCUGGUGAACCCGGCCAAGAAGUCCGGCUGUGGCUGGGCCUCCGUCAAGUACAAGGGCCAGAAACUGGACAAGUACAAAGCCGCCUGGCUGCGGCGACACCAGUUCCACAUGCCCGUGGCCGUCACCGAUGAGAGCCCGGCCAGCGAAGGGGAGGAGGAGGAGCUGCUGAUGGAGGAGGAGGAGGAGGAGGCUCUGGCGGAGGACAAGACCCGGAGACCCCCGGGGAAGGGCGCCACGGAGCCUGCCCACCCAGGUGAGCGGCCGUCUCCGAGCCGUGGGGCCCGGGGGUUCCUGAGGCUGCCUGGCCCUCCCGGCCCCUCCAGGAACCCCCACACCCUGGUGGAGGUAACAUCCUUCGCGGCCAUCAACAAGUUCCAGCCGUUCAACGUGGCCGUUUCCAGCAACGUGCUGUUCCUGCUGGACUUCCACAGCCACCUGACUCGCAGCGAGGUGGUGGGCUACCUGGCCGGCCGCUGGGACGUCAACAGCCAGAUGCUCACCGUGCUGAGAGCCUUUCCCUGUCGGAGCCGGCUCGGGGACGCUGAGACCGCCGCCACCAUCGAGGAGGAGAUCUCCCAGAGCCUGUUCCUGCGCGGCCUGUCCCUGGUGGGCUGGUACCACAGCCACCCGCACAGCCCGGCGCUGCCCUCGCUCCAGGACAUCGAUGCCCAGAUGGACUACCAGCUGCGGCUGCAGGGCUCCAGCAAUGGCUUCCAACCCUGCCUGGCCCUGCUCUGCUCCCCCUACUACCCCGGCAACCCAGGCCCCGAGUCCAAGAUCUCGCCGUUCUGGGUGAUGCCGCCUCCCGAGCAAAGACCCAGUGACUACGGCAUCCCCAUGGACGUGGAGAUGGCCUACGUCCAGGACAACGUCCUGACCAGCGACAUCCUCCACGAGAUGAUGCAGCUGGUGGAGUUCUACAAGGGCGCCCCUGACCUUGUGAGGUUCCAAGACCCCUGGGACCAGGAGCACACAUACCUGGACAAGCUGAAGAUCUCCCUGGCCAGCAGGACGCCCAAGGACCAGGGCGUGUGCCCCGUGCUGGAGCAGGUGUAUGGAGUCCUCAGACAGGGCAGCUGAGGCGGCCUCCCCGGCCUGGUCCACCCCGUGGCCCUGGGGCUGGCCUGGGCUUCGCGGCUGCCUCGUUCUGUGUGAGGCAGCGAUGCCGAGAGAAUAAAUAAACGGAAGCCUCGUUGUAA